UGAGGGAGGGACGGAGCGAGCGAGCGGCGGAGCCCGGCCCGCGAUGGAGUGAGGGAGGGAGCGCGGCCGCUCCGCCCGCCCGCCGCUCUCCCUCCGCCGCCUCUACGCAGCCCGCCCGGUAGGGAAGGAAGGCAGGAGGAGCCCCCCCGGGGGAGGGGCAGGCGCUGGGUGCAGCCCGGCUGCCGGGCGCGGGGAGUGGAGCGAUGGCGGCGCGGAGAGCCCGGCGGCUCCUCGGCUCCCUGUGCAUCGCCCUUCUCUUCGCGCAGCCCGCACCGACCGGCGCCGCGGCGCGAAGCGGUUCCCGGAGCCUCCUGACGGAAUCACUUGUGAGAACCUUCACUCCUUUCUACUUCCUGGUGGAGCCCCUGGACGUGCUGGCAGUGCGAGGGGGGUCGGUGAUCAUGAACUGCUCGGCGCAGUGCGAGACCCCGCCGCGGAUCGAGUGGAGGAAGGACGGCUCCUUCCUCAACUUGGUGUCCGACGACCGCCGCCAGCUGCUGCCCGACGGAUCCCUAUUGAUUAACAGCGUGGUGCAUUCCAAGCAUAAUAAACCUGAUGAGGGAUAUUAUCAGUGUGUGGCAACUGUGGACAGCCUGGGGACCAUCGUGAGCAGGACAGCCAAGCUCACCGUGGCAGGUCUGCCCAGGUUCACGAGCCAGCCGGAGCCCACCUCCGUGCACCGCGGGGGCAGCGCCGUGCUGGGCUGCGAGGUGUCGGCCGAGCUGGCGCCGCUGCUGCGCUGGGAGCGCGACCGGCAGGCGCUGGCCCCGGAGCCGCGGCUGCUGCAGCUGCCCGGGGGAGCGCUGCUGCUCAGCAACGCCUCGGACACCGACACGGGGCUCUACCGCUGCGCCCUGGACAGCCCCGGCGGGCCCAAGUACAGCGAGGAGGCCGAGCUCAAAGUCCUGCCAGAUGCAGAGGAGCCCCAGAAGCUGGUGCUGCUGAAGCCUCCCUCGUCCCUCAGCCGCCUGCCCGGGCAGAGCGCCCUGUUCCCCUGCGUGGCUGCCGGCUUCCCUCCUCCCCUCGUCAGGUGGACACGGAACGGGGAGGAGCUUCCCACCGACGGGUCUGGCCGGUUCCAGCUGCUGCCAGGGGGGGUGCUGGAGAUCCGGGCCGUGGCCGAGGCCGACGCCGGGACCUUCACCUGCAUCGCUGAGAGUGGCAACGACACCCUGGAGGCCCAGGCAGAGCUGGCAGUGCAAGUUCCCCCCACGUUCCUGAAGCGCCCCGCCAACAUCUACGCCCACGAGUCCAUGGACAUCGUGUUUGAGUGCGAGGUGACCGGGAAGCCAACGCCGACCGUCAAGUGGGUCAAGAACGGGGACGUGGUGAUCCCCAGCGACUACUUCAAAAUCGUGAAAGAACAUAACCUGCAAGUUUUGGGGCUGGUGAAGUCUGAUGAAGGAUUCUAUCAGUGCAUUGCAGAAAACGAUGUUGGAAAUGCUCAGGCUGGAGCCCAGCUGAUAAUACUUGACCUUGAUGUUGCCAUCCCAACAUUACCUCCCACUUCACUGACCAGUGCCACUAAUGACCAUCUAGCAGCAGCCCCAGCGGGACCCCUGCCCUCGGCCCCGCGGGACGUCGUGGCCACCCUGGUGUCCACCCGCUUCAUCCGCCUCACCUGGCGCCCACCGGCCUCUGACCCGCACGGAGACAACCUCACCUACUCCAUCUUCUACACCAAGGAGGGCAUCAACAGGGAACGUGUGGAAAACACGAGUCGUCCUGGAGAGACGCAGGUGAUGAUCCAGAGCCUGAUGCCAGAGACAGUUUAUGUGUUCCGCGUUGUGGCCCAGAACCGGCACGGCCCCGGCGAGAGCUCGGCACCUCUCAAGGUGGCAACGCAGCCCGAGGUCCAGCUGCCCGGCCCCGCUCCCAACAUCCGCGCCUUCUCCAGCUCCCCCACCAGUGUCACUGUCACCUGGGAGACGCCACUCUCGGGCAACGGGGACAUCCAGAACUACAAACUCUACUACAUGGAGAAGGGACAGCACACAGAGCAGGACGUGGACGUGGCAGGGCUGUCCCACACGGUGCAGGGGCUGAAGAAGUUCACUGAGUACAGCUUCCGCGUGGUCGCCUACAACAAGCACGGCCCCGGCGUCUCCACCCACGACGUCGUGGUGCGCACCCUGUCCGACGUCCCCAGUGCUCCACCCCAGAAUCUAACGCUGGAGGUCCGGAAUUCCAAGAGCAUCCUGCUGCAGUGGCAGCCCCCUCCUGCUGGCACCCAGAGCGGGCAAAUCACUGGGUACAAAAUCCGCUACCGCAGGGUUGCCCGCAAGAGCGACGUCAGCGAGAGCGUGGCGGGCACCCAGCUCUCCCAGCUCAUCGAAGGUUUGGAGCGAGGCACUGAGUACAGCUUCCGCGUGGCCGCCAUGACCAUCAACGGCACCGGCCCCGCCACCGACUGGGUGUCAGCAGAGACCUUCGAGAGUGACCUGGAUGAGAGCCGCGUGCCCGAGGUGCCCAGCUCGCUGCACGUGCGCCCGCUGGUCACCAGCAUCGUGGUGAGCUGGACCCCGCCCGAGAACCAGGACGUGGUGGUCAGGGGCUACGCCAUCGGCUACGGCAUCGGCAGCCCCCACGCCCAGACCAUCAAGGUGGACUACAAACAGAGAUACUACACCAUUGAGAACCUGGAUCCCAGCUCCCACUACGUGAUAACCCUGAAAGCCUUCAACAACGUGGGGGAGGGGAUCCCCCUGUACGAGAGCGCUGUGACCCGGCCCCACUCGGACACUUCCGAGGUUGAUUUGUUUGUUAUUAAUGCUCCAUACACUCCAGUGCCAGAUCCGUCUCCCAUGAUGCCCCCGGUGGGAGUUCAGGCUUCCAUCCUGAGCCAUGACACCAUCAGGAUCACUUGGGCAGACAACUCCCUGCCCAAGAACCAGAAGAUCACGGACGCGCGCUUCUACACCGUCCGCUGGAAAACCAACAUUCCUGCCAACACCAAGUACAAGACUGCAAAUGCCACCACCCUGAGCUAUCUGGUGACAGGACUGAAGCCAAACACCCUCUAUGAGUUCUCGGUGAUGGUGACCAAGGGCAGGAGAUCCAGCACCUGGAGCAUGACAGCACAUGGGACAACCUUUGAACUAGUGCCAACCUCACCCCCCAAGGACGUGACUGUGGUGAGCAAGGAGGGCAAGCCCCGCACCAUCAUCGUCAACUGGCAGCCGCCCUCCGAGGCCAACGGCAAAAUCACAGGCUACAUCAUCUACUACAGCACGGACGUCAACGCCGAGAUCCACGACUGGGUCAUCGAGCCCGUGGUGGGCAACAGGCUCACACACCAGAUCCAGGAGCUCACCCUGGACACCCCCUACUUCUUCAAGAUCCAGGCCCGCAACUCCAAGGGCAUGGGGCCCAUGUCUGAGGCCGUGCAGUUCCGCACCCCCAAAGCCUCAGGAUCUGCUGGGAAGGGGAACCGCCCCAUGGACCUGGGCCCAGACUACAAACCCCCCCUGGGAGGCAGUAACAGUCCCCAUGGCAGCCCCACAUCCCCCCUGGACAGCAACAUGCUGCUGGUGAUCAUCGUGUCCGUGGGCGUCAUCACCAUCGUCAUCGUCGUCAUCGUCGCCGUCUUCUGCACGCGCCGCACCACGUCCCACCAGAAAAAGAAACGAGCCGCCUGCAAAUCCGUGAACGGCUCCCACAAGUACAAGGGGAACUCCAAAGAUGUCAAACCUCCAGACCUCUGGAUCCAUCACGAGAGGCUGGAGCUCAAACCCAUUGAUAAAUCCCCAGAUCCCAACCCCAUCAUGACAGACACCCCGAUCCCUCGCAACUCCCAGGACAUCACCCCGGUGGACAACUCCAUGGACAGCAACAUCCAUCAGAGGAGGAAUUCCUACAGAGGACACGAGUCAGAGGACAGCAUGUCCACGCUGGCAGGAAGGAGGGGCAUGAGGCCCAAGAUGAUGAUGCCUUUUGAUUCUCAGCCACCUCAGCCUGUGAUUAGUGCUCAUCCCAUCCAUUCCCUCGACCCCCCUCACCACCAUUUCCACUCCGGCAGCCUCGCCUCUCCAACCCGCAGCUUCCUGCAGCACCAGCUCAGCCCAUGGCCCCUGGGCUCUGCCAUGUCCCAUUCGGACAGGGCCGACUCCACAGAGUCGGUCCGGAACACGCCCAGCACGGACACGAUGCCGGCGGGCUCGGCCGUGCCCAGCGCGGAGCUGGCAGAGGCCGAGGGGCCAUUCCUGCCCGCCGAGGAGGAGCCCCAGGGCCCCCCCACGGCCCACGUGCGCCCCUCGCACCCCCUCAAGAGCUUCGCCGUGCCCGCCGUGCCCAACGCCGGCGGCCCCUUCGACCCUGCCCUGCCCAGCACCCCCCUGCUGACCCAGCAAGCCCCCGGGCACCCCCUGCACGCGGUGAAGACGGCGUCCAUCGGCACCCUGGGCAGGACCCGGCCACCCAUGCCCGUGGUGGUGCCCAGCGCCCCCGAGGUGCAGGAGACCACGCGGAUGCUGGAGGACUCGGAGAGCAGCUACGAGCCGGACGAGCUGACCAAAGAGAUGGCGCACCUGGAAGGACUCAUGAAGGACCUGAACGCCAUCACCACGGCCUGAGCGCCCCCGCCGCGGACUCAGCCUUGCCACACGAGCAUUGGACAGAGGAAACCCGAAAGGAAACUACAACAAACAAGAGAAAAACAAGAAAUUAACGAACCAGAAAGAGGGACAGCACAUGAGAGCAAUGGAGGGAGGAGGAGAGGAACCAGCCCCAGGUGACGCCAGUGUCACCCCUUGUCCUGCAGGGAGCCACGUGGGGUUCCAGCAGCCCCCAGCAGGAUGGGCCACGCCAGGCUGGGAUCCAGCAGGACAAGUGGACUCGCCAUUAGUUUUUUUCUGGUCAGGUUUUGUCUCAGUGGUGUGAUUGCCCUGCCUUUUCAGUGUUGGACAUUGGCAUUUAUGUACAAUUUUAUUUGUUGUUUUUAUUUUAUCUUUUUUUAUAAAAAGGAAAAAAAAUAUUGUAAUAAAAAAAAAAGGGAGAAACUGUUGUUUUCCACAGCGUAGGCUGAGGUUUGACUGCUUGUUCUAUUGUGUAUGAAAAUUCAUUGCCAGUGUGGGUUGUUCAGUUUUGUUUUUUAUUCUGCGUAUAAUUACGUCCCCUUCUGGCAGUUAAUCCAUGGCCUUUUGGGAUGCUGCACUGCUCUUUGUAAGCUUUUUUUAUUAUUUUUAUAUUAUAAUUAUUAAAAGCCUGACUUUCUCCUCUCAUCACUGUGAGAUUCCCAGUCUGUUUGAGUUGAGGUGUAAUUGGAGCCUUGUUUGUCGCUUUUUGUGCAGUUUCAUAUUUUCAGUGGGGGGAGAAGUAGCUGGGGAAGGGGAGGGGAUCCUGGGGGGGGGAGGGUUCAUUCCUGUUGUUUUCCUGUCUUUUUCCAGUGACUGGGAAGACUGAAGAACAAGGAAACAUCUUCAGCUGUGCUGUGUGUCUGGUCACUGG